CUGUGCAACUGCCCAAGUUUAAAUUCGUUAUUUUAAAAUGGCCAUGUUUAACAAAUCCAAUGGAGAAAGUACCCUUCCCUCCUUAUGCUGGUAACAUUAUCCCUCUCUUGCGGCGUCUCAUCAUCAUGCGGGCAAAGCAACAUCAAUUUUGUAGAUCCUGUUGCUCCCACAAAUUAUCGAUCGACUGGCCACGCCAUCACCGCUACGUAAAACAUUUCUUAGCCAGGUAAAUAUCAGGCCUUCCUCAACCUUCCUUUAUUGUAACGGUAGAAAUGGCCAGUCAAAGUUCAGCGCCGCAAUCGGCCAUAGCGCGUUUCAGUCGUUGGAUUCGUAAGCGUUGGAAAUCCCUGUCACUAGGCCGACAACGCAACAGGGACUUUAUCCGAGCAGAACAUUCUGCCGCCGCCCUGGAACCCUACGACGGCAGCUGCCGUCAGAUUUUGGGGAAUAACCUGCAGCCAGUUAUUUACGAAUUCGCAGCGGGACAGUUCUCUCUGGGCUAUGUGUGCGAUGUGGACUGGUCGGGACGGCGCAUUUUGGUGAAUUUCGCCUGUCACAACCGCCCACCCCGGUGGUUGCCAAUUAGGAAGGUUCACCAGCAACAGACUGUCAAGGUUAACAAAAUCUGCCCUGAAACGCCGGUCCUAGCCGCGUGCCGGCUGAACUCCGACGAACCCUACGUAUUCCAACCGGCGCGAAUCAUCUUUCCUGAUAGGUACGGCCGUGCCGGUCCAAUCUGCGUGGAAGUGACACUCCCGGGCAGCGGUAUCCGUACUCGGAAGUUUCUUCAUCCUAUCCAGCUGCGGAUUAUCCCGGAGAAUCCGCGAAACCACCGGGAAAUCGAUGAUUUAUUUUCCGUUGUUGAAUACUGUCGCCUGCUACAAAAACAGACGGUGCUUCUCGAGGCAGGACUGGAUGCGGAAAAUAUUGAUUUGCAGUGUUUAUUGCGAACACUGAACAACAUUUCUUAUAUGAAAGUGGUGCAGAUAUGGCUAGACAAAAAAUAUUUACACUGUGUUUACACGAAAAACCAAGCGGGCUUACUUGAUAGCUUGGAGUUGGAAGGUCUGGUCCGCAAAUCGUACCGGUGCGGCGCCAUCGUGCCCGCAGUACUUCCGUAUCCCGACCACCCUGACCCCAAUGAUAGCCGCUAUACAUCUUUGGGAAUGCUACCGUGUGAGCUGCAAGAGUGUAUCCUGCUAGAAAUCCCCGACGUUCACAGCAUCGUUAGCCCUCAGAGAGUAUGCAAGAUCUGGUACGAUAUGCUGACCGGUCGCCACCGCAAGCAAAACAUAGCUAUCGACCUGACCAACCUACUAUCCGAUGGUUCAAACGACCACGAGCAACAGUAUCGCCGCACUCAUCUGCUGAAUGUUCUCGACAAUGCCGUGAAAACGGCCACCCAGUCGCUGACGCUGAUGAACGGCGACCUGAGCCCGGACUUGGAGCUGUAUGUCUAUCAGUUUCUAUCGUUAAAGGUCACACGCCUGCGGAUGAUCGUCCUGAAAAAUGUUUGGUGCUUUGACGCCCUUGCGGAAAAAAAGGCGAAUCAGGCACUGAAAUGGGCUAACCUCCGUCACUUGACGCAAGUUUGCCAGGUACUUCAUCUGCGUGACGUCACUUUUCCCGCCUUGCUCGAGACUAUCACCGGUUUAUGUGGAAUGCCGGCUGAUUUGCGGCAGGACGUUGACGUUUUCGUGAAGAAAGUUGCCCUGCAAUCCACGCUCAGCGAAACCGAUCGACUACGGCAAUUUCUGAUGGCUUUGAACGCCAGUUGUCCUGAACUCUCCGUAUGUGAUUCGGAAGAAGUUGAUAGAGCCUGCCACGCGAAGAUCAAACAAUCCAAAAUGUCAUUCCUCAUGCCAAAAUUACUGAAUGAACUGGUGACCGGGCAUCCACAGCCGCCGCUGUGCAGCCUCGCAGCCCAAGUCUUCCGCUACCAGUAUCCCAUCGCGAAACCGGUCAGCUCCAGCAGCCGUCGGAACCGUCCCAUGUCACAUGUUCCCAGCCACAUGAACGGAGCAGCGAUAAACCAGCAUUAAAAUUAUUGGUCUUGUAUUAACCUACAUAUGUUCGACUACACCAACCUUCGCCCGACUCGGUACUUUUUAGGAGAUGUCUGAAAAGAUUUUGUAUCCAAAAAUUUGGCCAUCAGAUGCCUUCGUGAGGGAAUGGAUUAAUUAGCACUGAUGUUCUUCAACGUGGCGAUUAUGUUCUUCAUCGCUAACCGUAUCUCUAACUGAUAACAGAUUUUGCUUUGAUGAUCGAAGCUGAUGCUUUUCCUUCUGUGUAUCGUCAUUGUUUACAGACUGAUUGGCUGUA